CGAAAACGCUGUUUCCAAACAAGAUCUAUGUAAAUCUAUUUAGUUUCUUAAAACAAUGAUGUGAAUAAUCAAAUUUGAAAGUUCCCAUUGUUCACAAAACUCCAUUCUCAAACUCCAUUCAACACUUCCUCCCCCUACUUCGGCAAUACCCCUCCAGCGAUUUACGCCAUAACCUCUGAAGUCUCCGACCAGACUCCAACCCCACCAAGAACGGCAUCGCCAGACUCUCAAGUUCUCAUCUGCGCGAAUCCGGUCCAGGUCUUGCUCAGAAGUCAUAUCUGCCGCAACUCCUCAGUCAGAUCUAGGGUUUUGCGCUCAAUCUAAAUCCCAAAAUCAAAGGCUUCAGCUCAUCAAGCUUUAAAAACCCCUGGCCCUCACCCUCUGCUCCUCUCGUGAUCGAACCAUCAAAUUUGAGAGGCCCCGGACCACAAUUGGAAACCUGGAACAGGAGACUAGACCAGUCCAAGGAGCUCAUAACUAGGCGCUUUUCAGUAUGGAUGAGUACCAGGAGGCAGAAAAAUUCGGUAUGGAGAAUGACUACGAGGGUGGACAGUGGAUUGCUGGUGAGUAUUACUACCGUGCACGCAAGGAGAAGCGUGUGCAGAGCAAGGAUGACAUUCUGUAUGGUGUGUUUGCAUCUGGAGACAGCGAUUCAGACUACGAGGGGAACGGAUUAGGUUCCUCAAAGAAGAGGAGGAAAGAUUUUUCUAAGAAGCCAGACCUCACCAAACCUGUUAACUUUGUCUCCACGGGCACUGUAAUGCCCAACCAAGAAGCCGACCGUGAUCGCAACGAGGAGGAUCUGAAAAAGAGUGCAGAGGAUGUUGAUGAUAGGCCGUCUGUUCUGGGGGUUGGAGCAACAUCUUCUGGUGCAGGAUUUGCUUCAAAAACCAGUGAUGGGGACGUUGAUAAUGACUUUGAGACCUUUCUGCCCUCUGCUUUUGGGAAGAUGAUCCAGAAAGGUGCACUUUUGAGAAAGGAUAAGGAAAAGGAGAAGUCUAUCCAACUCAAAAAGUCAUAUCAAUCUGGGAGAAGAGAAACAGAAGCAGGUGAUGUUGGUGUUUUUGAAAAGCAUACCAAAAGAAUUGGGAUGAAGUUGCUUGAAAAGAUGGGUUAUAAGGGAGGUGGCCUUGGGAAGAAUGAACAAGGCAUCACCGCUCCCAUUGAAGUGAAGCUGCGACCUAAAAACAUGGGAAUGGGUUUCAAUGACUACAAAGAGACUGCUGCACCAAAACUUGAGGAAUCUGAAGCAAAAUCUGCCCCCACGAAUGUGCAGCCAUUGAAAAGCCACAUAAAAGAGAAGCCUUGGCUGAAGAAAGCUUCAAGAAAGAGGGCUUAUACCACGGCAGAAGAGUUACUGGCCAAGAAGCAAGAGCAGGGACUUGACGUAGUUCAAAAGGUGUUCGACAUGAGGGGCCCACAAGUUCGGGUUUUGACAAACCUAGAGAACUUAAAUGCUGAAGAAAAGGCAAUGGAAAAUGAUAUUCCUAUGCCGGAACUUCAGCACAAUAUCAGACUGAUUGUUGAUCUAGCAGAACUCGACAUUCAAAAAAUUGAUCAAGAUUUGAGAAACGAGAGGGAGCUUGUGGUUGCUUUACAGAAAGAGAAGGAGAAACUCCAAGCUGAAGCUGUUUCCCAGAAAACACAGCUUGAAAUUAUGGAAUACAUUGUGAAUGAAUUGGACCGGAUGGAUGAAGAAAGUAGAAGUGGCACAUUGACUCUUGACUCACUUGUGAAGUCAUUUCUAUAUCUGCAACAACAUUAUGCUGAAGAUUAUAAGAUUUGUAACUUGUCAGCGAUAGCAUGCUCAUACGCUAUGCCUCUAUUCAUUCGAGUGUUUCAGGGAUGGGACCCACUUGAAAAUCCAACUUAUGGAUUAGAGGUUGUUUCAUUGUGGAAAGAUCUGUUGGAAGAUCACUCUUUUGGUUUCUCUGAUAUGGCAUCUCCUUAUGCUCAGUUGUUUAUGGAAGUAAUUUUUCCAGCUGUAAGAAUAUCAGGGACCAACUCUUGGCAGGCAAGAGACCCAGAACCCAUGCUUCGAUUUUUGGAUUCCUGGGAAAAGCUGUUGCCUCCUGUUGUUCUACACACCAUUCUUGAUAACGUUGUUUUGCCUAAAAUAUCAGCUGCUGUUGACUUAUGGGAUCCCCGUAGGGAGACAGUUCCAAUCCACUCUUGGAUUCAUCCAUGGCUGCACUUGUUGGGUCAGAAGCUGGAAACGUGCUAUCCCACAAUACGUUAUAGAUUGGAAAGUGUACUUCAUGCGUGGCAUCCAAGUGAUGGCUCUGCGUACUACAUACUGUCACCAUGGAAGAAUGUGUUUGAUCCAAGCAGCUGGGAAAAACUCAUGGUAAGAUCUAUCCUCCCAAAGUUAUUGGCUGCCAUGCAUGAAUUCCAAGUAAAUCCCGCAAAGCAGAAACUUGAGCAGUUUAACUGGGUCCAAACUUGGGCUACUGAUAUUCCAAUCCAUCACAUGCUUCCACUAUGGGAUAUCUUCUUCAACAAGUGGCACCAAGUCCUGUACCACUGGUUAUGUUCAAACCCACUCUUUGAAGAAGUGACCAAUUGGUUUUUGGGUUGGAAGAAGCUUUUCUCUCAAGAACUUCUCGCAAAUGAACAUAUACGAUAUAGGCUCAAUGUAGGUCUGGAAAUGAUGACGCGGGCAGCGGAAGGCUUGGAAGUGAUGCAGCCAGGUACAAGAGAGAAUAUAAGUCAUCUUAGGGCGCUCGAACAAAGGCAGUUUGAGACCCAGAAAAAGGCUGCAGCGCAUGGUCAACAGCAUGCCUCUACAAACUUCAGCAGUGGGCUCCAUGGAGAGGGUAUAAGCAGUGGAACAGAGAUAAGCAUGAAAGAAGUAAUUGAAGCUCAUGCACAACAUAAUGGUUUGCUGUUCAAACCAAAGCCAGGCAGGAUGCAGGAUGGUCAUCAAAUUUAUGGUUUUGGUAACAUAAGCAUAAUAAUAGACUCCUUGAAACAGCAGGUAUUAGCGCAAGUUGAGGACAGAUGGUCUUUGGUUUCUCUUGAACAGCUUUUGGAGCUACACAAUCGAUAUGGCUUGAAGAGGCGAUGACUAAAGCACCUGAUCUUUGGCAGUUGUCCAAAUUACUUCGUUGACACAGGUUUUCUCAACGUCUUGUGCUUUUAUGUGUAAAUUGAGUAGUCAUGAAUCAAGAUCAGAAUAUCAGAUAUGCUUAAAGUGCUUAUUUGCCAUUUUACUUUGCUGUUGUUUAAGUUGAGUUCAUUAUACUGUCUUCAGCCAUGUUAUUUAGCAUAACUCUUGAAGUGUUUUAAGAACUUUGGUAUUAAACUGUCUUCAGCCCU